AUGACAGGCGAAGAAGCAGCAGCUGCUGCUGCUGCAGCAGUUGCCUCUGCUGCUGCUGCGCCUGCAGCGGAUGCUGCAGCAGCAGCCGGAACACGGGCGAAGUCACCUCCGUGGGAGACUUUUGCUGCUGCUGCUGCUGCAGCGCAUGCAGAUGGCAGCAAAAUCGUUUUCUUUUUCUUUGAUGUGAAAAAGAGCCCUGCGCUCAAGGCCAAGGGAGAAGCAGCUGCUGCUGCUGCAGUUGCUGCUGCUGAACCUGUAGCAGCAGAUGCCUCAGCAGCUGCUGCUGCAGCAAAGAAUGCAGCAAGUGAACAAAGGGAGGAAGCGCCAGCAGCUGCUGCUGCUGCUGCAGCAGAACAGCAGCAAGACUUAGCGCCAUUUGCGCAGGUCACGCUAGCAGCAACAGCAGCAGCAGCAGCAGCAGCAGCAGCAGCAGCUUUGGUGAGCAGCCAGGAUGGAAGCGACGCUUCGCAGGCUACCGUCCGCCUGCCAAGACUGAGCCAGGAGCAGCAGCAGCAGCAGGAAGAGCAAAAUCAGCAGCAGCAGCAGCAGCAGCAGCAGCAGCAGCAGCAGCAGCAGCAGCAGCAGGCGGGACUGUGUGCCUCGGCCUGCGGGGACAUCGAAGACCUGGCUGCGGCGGCCAGCGCGCUGUCGCCCCCCCCCACUCCCCGCAGCAGCACCCGCAGCACCCGCAGCAGCAGCAGCAGCAGCAGCAGCAGCAGCAGCAGCAGCAGCAGCAGCAGGGUGGGGGGCCUGCAGCUGAAGUUCCUGGGCCCGCUGCUGGCCCGCAAGCAGCUGCUGCUCUCCGCCACCGAUUUUGCUGCUCAAGUUUGGUGCGACCGCCAGGCCGAGUUGUAUUUGCGCACUGACACCAAAAGCUUUCCUGUGGCUGCUGCUGCUGCUUCUCGUAGUUUCUCUUUGGCUGCUGCUGCUCCUCGUGGUUCUCCUGUGGCUGCUGCUGCUGCUCGUAGCUUCCCUGUGGCUGCUGCUGCUAUCCCUUCUGUGGCUGGUGCUGCUGUUCUUGCUGGGGCUGCUGCUGCUGCAGCAGCAGCAGCUGCUGCUGCAGCAAACUUGGCGAAUAGGCUGCAGUGUAUGUACACCUCAGGCACGGAGCAGCACGCGGCGAUAGAAAUGCGCUACCAUUUAUACUGGCCCCUUGAAGUUGAAAACAUACAAGACUUCUUGGGCUUCAGGCUGCUGAAUUCGCUGCAGCAGCUGCUGCAGCUGCUGCGCCGCGGCUGCUGCCGAGAAGUAUAUCUUCUCUCGGACGCAUAUCCAGAAGCACCCAGCAGCAGCAGCAGCAGCAGCAGCAGCAGCAGCAGCAGCAGCAAGGAGACUGUGCUGCUGCGCGGAAUAAUCGACGAGCUGAGUCUCGUCGUGAGAGACCGCGUGGGGUGUACGUACACCCCAGCGCUCGAGCACCUGCAGCAGCUGCAGCAGCUGCAGCAGCGCAGCAGCACUGGUUGCGCGAGCAGCAGCAGCAGCGGGAGGGCGCGCUGCUGCUGCAGCAGCUGCAGCAGCUGCUGCUGCACUCUGUGUCAGCUGCAGCAGCUGGAAGCAGCAGCAGAAGUCUAUUUGCUCAUCAGCGACACCAAAACAAGAAGACAGCCAACAACGCCUUCCAUGGCUCAGAAGCAAACUGCAGCAAUUCAGCUGCAGAUAUACAACUUCAUGGUGCAAACGCUGCGGCAGCAGCAACCGCAGCAGCUGCUGCAGCUGCUGCAGCCACUUGCUGCAGCAGAGGGAGAGGAGGUUUUGGCCCCUUUUGAGUCCCCGCUGCUGCUGGAGGCUCUGCAGCAGACUGAGCAGCAGAUUCAGCGCAUGCACUGCAGCAGCAAGUACAGCAGCAGCAGCAGCAGCAGCAGCAGCUGCCUCACCGUUGACGAAGCACCCAACCUCAAGACAGUGCUGCUGCUGCUGCAGCAGCUGCUGCAGCGCCUGCCUCCCCCUGCUGACGAGCUGCACAUCGUUUACGAGUGCCAAGGUAAGAUCUUUGCCCGCGAGCGGGUGCCGUUCAAUUGGGGCGCUUUCUCUUUUGCCUUUUAUGAUUUGCUGGCCUGGUGGAAAGGAGAAAGACUCACGGAGGGAGUCGGGAGUUCGGAGCGGUGGAAGUGCCGUUACUGCGAGUUCGUGAGUCACUGCGACAUGACGCCGCUCACCCCAGAAGAGAGGCAGCAAGCAGCGCAGCAGCAGCAGCAGCAGCAGCAGCAAGAGGAGGAGCUGUUUCUGCAGCAGCAGAAAGAACAGCAGCAGAAAGAACUGCUGCUGCAGCAGCAGCAACGCGACACAGACCGGCAGCAGGAGAUCCACCAAGAACAGAAGGAGAAUGCCAAGCAGCUCCAAGCGCAGCUGCAGCAAGAUGAGGACACAGUGCGCCUCAAAGAACAGCAGCAGCAGCAGCAGCAGCAGCAGCAGCAGCAGCACAAGGUUAAUGAAACAGCCACCAAGCGGGAAGAACAACAACAGCAGCAGCAGCAGCAGCAAGCAGCAACAAAGAGAGUUUCUCUUCCCCCCUCUUCAGUAGACAGCAGUCUGGUUGCAGCACUAAGAGCUGUAACGAGCGGCGGCCACAUCCAGAAGCUCUUCCCGCAGCAGCAGCAGCAGCAGCAGCAGCAGCUGCUGCUGCAGCAGCAGCAGCAACAGAGACCAGGGCAUAGUGGAAGUCCCUGUACCCCCUUUCCGGGCCUGCAGGAAGCAGUUGCUGCGCUCAAAGGACCGACAGCAAAGCCGGCAGCAGCAGCCGCAGCACCCCCUACUGCUGCUGCUGCUGCUCCUGCUGCUGCUGCUGCUGCUGCUGCUGCUGCUAGGCGCGGAGCAGCAGCAGUUGAAGCGCAGCUCCGCAGACGGGGGUGGCCAGUGGCCAGCGGGGCCGAAGGCUGUAAGGCUCCUGCGCAGCAGCUGCCGGCCCCGCAGUGGCCCAAAAAGCAGCAGCAGCAGCAGCAGCAAAAGAGGCAGCAGCAGCAGCAGCAGCAGCACCUCGUGGCCAAGAAACGCAGUGGGCGCAUCACAGACUUCUUCUCCUCUCUGAGCCCCAAAGUGCACCAAGUAGAGUCAAGGAGUCAUCCGCAGUAG